AUGGCAACUGUAUACCUACAUGAUAAGGAGAAACAAGAGCCUUUCCUUGACAAGCAGAGCAUUAUCGACAAUCCAGAGGGUUCGAAUAAGGAAAGGGGACUGGCAUCUGACCAACACAAUAUUAAUAUUAUCGAGAUUCCAAAGGACUUGGAACCUCACCCGCCGCAAGAGACGUGUUGGAUCCAUAGGGUUCCGAAGAAGCUCAGAAAUAUAAACAAAGAAGCUUACACUCCCCAGCUAGUUUCCAUUGGCCCCCUUCACUAUGGAAAUCCAAAGCUGAAGGCAAUGCAGCUUCAUAAGAUCAAAUAUGAGGAAGAAUUCUCGGAACGCGACUUCUGUAAACAUAUUCGGAAAGAGGAAUGGAUGAAAUUCAUGGAAAAAAAAAAAGAAAAGAGGAAAGGGAAAAAACAGAAGAGGAAAAACCACACUCCAGUUAAUGUGCCUACGUAUCUACCAAAACUAAAUGAGAAAUGUGUAAGGGAUGAUUUCAUUCUCAAAAUUGCUGCUGAAUUAUUCCUUGAAUAUUACAAAUUUGGAAGACCUCUCGCCAGCGGUGCCGCCGCCACGACCUCCGAGGCCGCUGCCGCCGCCUCUGAAUCAACAUUCCUGGGUAUAUUCCACCCCGAGAAAAAAAUUAAAUGUGACGAAUUCAAGCAGAUUUCGAUCAAACAUUUCACUGAUUUGGUUAGAUACUUUAUGCUUCCGGUCGACUGGAAGAAGAACAAACCUUUUCGUGACAGUGGUGUCCACUGUCUCUAUUCUGCAACGCAGCUGGAUAGAGCGAGGGUGAAGUUUCGGCGUGGAGAUGAAGAAGCUAGACUAGCUGACAUAAAGAAGAAGGGUGGCCUCUGUUGGUUAAAUGGGUGCUGUUUGAAUUUGCAAGUCCCUGAAUUGAGUGUAAAAGACAACAUCGAAUGCAUUAUGACAAACGUCAUGGCGUUGGACCAGUUUGUUUAUCCACGUGAGCCUCUUAUCUGCAAUUAUGUUUUUCUGCUGGAUCAACUCAUCAGCACUGAAGAAGAUGUCCAAUUUCUAAUUGACAAGAAAAUUGUUAGCAACUAG